UGCAGCCCCCUUCGACGCUUUCCCUCCAAUUUGAACCCUAAAUCUAGGAGUUGCAGAGAAUCCAGUAUACUCUCAUUUUCACUCAUUCAUCUGCUUGAAAACCCUAACCCAAAAUUUUGGAGCGUCCCAUUGUUUGUUUUUCACCUUUUAGGUUAUCAGAGAAGCCUAACCAUUUAAUUGCAGAGAAGCUCCGUAUGCUAAAGGUUCCUAUUCAAACUUUUGAUGGAGAGAACCCUAACCACUGAUUUUUCAGUGGAAUUAUGUUCUUCCCAUUUCACUUCAAGGAUUUUCAGUUGAGUAUCCUAACAUUGCAGUGAAAUCCGUCUGCAUUCUCAAGGUGGAUUUCCGAAGUUAAAUCAAUGGUAACAGCCGCUACUUUGCCAUUUAGUUUCUUAAAAAGCUGUUGUUUUUCUGCAACUUGCCAUGACCAUGUGAUGAGCAACGCCAUAAAGACAUAAACUAUGAGGCUUGCUUUUAGACCCACAAAAGCCACUGCUUCUCUAGGGGUUUUUUACACAGUGAUAACUUUAACCCUGCAACUGUGGAUAGUGGAUGAUAUUUUUUUUUUCAUCUACCUUUGAAGUUCUCUACUGAAUCUUAUUAUUCUGAAACUCGUAAUGACCAGUUGUUUCUACGCCAUAAGACUAGUAGCUCAUAAACUUUGCACCAUGUUAUUACGGCCCCAAAACCCAAUAUUUUUCUCUAAUCUCUCUGGAAAAACCCUAACCCUAAACUUGCAGAAAAACCCAUUUCUGAGAAUUGCUUAUUCUUCUCGAACUUCACCAUCGGACACCAGCCCUUCGGUCUCUUCUCAUUGUGGGAUUAAUCGAAUCUCUCGAAUAGCUCAAAGUGAAGCUCAAAAUGCUCUCUUGGACUAUCUAAACUCAACCAGGAGCUUAUUAUUCACUGAUGCAGAGCACAUGAGCAAGAACUCCCCCAAUUUUCUCCAAAAGCUUAUGUCGAAGGUUGAGAACGAGCAGGACAUUGGGCGUUCCAUAACCAGAUUCUUAAGAUACCACCCCAUUAAUGAAUUUGAGCCAUUCUUUGAAAGCUUGGGGCUAAAACCAUCGGAAUUCUGCCCUUUACUCCCUCGAGACCUUUUGUUCUUGAGUGAUGAUCAUCUCUUGUUAGAUAAUUUUCAUGUACUUUGCAACUAUGGUUUUCCUCGAAGUAAAAUAGGCAAGAUGUACAAAGAAGAGAGAGAGAUUUUUAGGCAUGGAGAUGGGGUCUUGCUCUCAAAGCUUAGAGCUUAUGAGGUGCUGGGACUUAGUAGACCUGCUCUAAUAAAGCUGGUGAACUCUUGCCCCUCUCUUCUUGUUGGGAGUGUUAAUGAGAAUUUUGUUGGGGUUCUUGAAAAAUUGAAGAGUUUGGAUAUUGAGAAGGAUUGGAUUGUUGGUGUCUUCUCUCAAAAGAACUCAUGCAAUUGGAGUAGAAUACUUGGCUUGUUCAUUUUUUUGGAGAAAAUGGGUUUUGGGAACAGAGAAAUGGCAGACAUUAUCAAGAUGCAUCCAAAAUUAUUCUUUGAAGGAUCAGGGCAGAAAAUGUGUUUUUUGGUAUCACUUUUGAUGAAGGUAGUAGGUCUUCAAAUAGAUGAGAUUAAAGGCUUGAUUUUGCAGUACCCAAGUGUUCUUGCCCCAAAUAUCACCAGGAAUUUUUGUCAGGGGAUAUGUCUUUUACGCACAGUCGAGUUAGAAAUUGAGGAAAUAGCUAGGCUUGUGCGUUCAUACCCCCAUAUUUUGGGGUUGUGUUCCUUUAAGAGGUCUGAAUUGGUGUUCCGUCGCUCAAAAGUUGGGAAAAUGCGCUUAAGGUCGAUGAUAUUAGAGGACCCUAAUCUGUUAAGAAAUUGGGUCGUGGGGAAUAAGAUCAGCCGAGUGCCAGUCACUGGCAAAGAUGAAAAAUCAUCGCGUGAGAAGACCAAAUUCUUGUUAAAAUUGGGGUAUGUCGAGAACUCAGAUGAGAUGACCAAAGCCCUGAAGAAGUUUAGAGGCAAAGGGGAUGAAUUACAAGAGAGGUUUGACUCUUUGGUAGAAGCUGGGCUUGAUGUCCAUGAUGUCUCAAACAUGAUAAAGCUUUCUCCUGCUGUUUUGAACCAGUGUCGAGAAGUGCUAGUGAAGAAGAUGGAUUUUCUUGUAAAUGAUUUUGGUUAUCCAAGACAAUCUUUGGUAAAGUUUCCAUCUUAUCUUUGCUAUGAUAUGGAGAGAGUCAAGGUUAGGUUCUUGAUGUAUAAGUGGCUUAAGGAGAAAGGGGUAGCCAGGCCCAAUCUAGCUUUGGGUACCAUUCUCGCAUGUUCAGAUGAGCGAUUCUUAAAGCAAUUUGUAAAUCUCCAUCCCGAAGGUCUGGCAGUUUGGGAAAAAUUGAAUAAAUCAUCUUCUUCAGGUUAAGGUUUGUCCGAUGCACGUCAGUUAUGUGUACUUGCACGCAUGGCAAGCUAUUAAUGCUCUUGGUAUCUUUGUUUGCAAAGCUGUGUGAUAUUCCUUGCGUA